AACUCCCGAGUCCGAACAGUCCGUCAGUCGGACGCGCGUCUUGGUCCGUGUUUGGUGUCAUACCCAUUUCUCGUCCGUUGUUGCGUGUUGUUUCCGUACAACUACGACGUCGUUCUUUUUUCCUUUUUUCAUUUUUUUUGUUUUUUUCUCCUCUCCGUUAUCGCAUCGGAUAAAUAACAUUUCGUGCAUACGAACACUCAUGUGCUCAGCGCUCUUGUAACCGACCGCAACAGACCGACGGAUUUUUCUCUCGAAUCCGUUUUUUUCGUUUUUCUCUCAAUUUAAAUAUAUCCUUAAAUCUUUCUUCGGCUGCCUACACUUGUUGCAUUAAGGUAUACACUACAAAGUCAACUAUCGAACGAAACCAUGCUGUAUUGAUAAGCAAUAUUUAAUAAUGCUUAACCUACACGCAGUUUGUUCUUAACGUCAUUGUAAACUUCUAUGCCACAUAUAAAAAAUUUUUUUACAAGUUGGCAACCAGGGAUCUAUGCCAUAAACAAAUUGAUUAACAUAAGUACAUACUCCGGAUCAGCUGAUUGGAGCCAUCAUGAUUGUCAACAUUCACAUUGGUCCGGUUGUACUUCUUUUAAUUAACAUUAUCCAUAAUGUGCGAUUGUUGGACACAGCUGAACUACCAAUUAUGCAGGAACCCACUGCGAAACCGAUUCACUCUAAAGAGGGAGAUUCGGCUUUGAUGACUUGUGUUGUAAGAAAUUUAGGAGAUCACACUGUUCUGUGGAAAACUGAAAACAAAGAUAGACAUAGUUGGAAGGUGUUAACUGCAGCAGAAUCUAGAAUAACUGCUGACAGAAGAUUCGAGGUUUUACACGACAAAGGUGGUGACGUCUGGGUAUUGUCAAUCAAAAAUGUAAAGUUUAAUGAUUCUGGAGUAUACGCUUGUGAAGUAAAUAGUGAUCCGGUAGUUAGAUCAUUCCACUCACUUUCAGUGUUGUCGGGUAAUCUUGAACCACCACCGCUCGAUAAUAGUACGGCAGUGUAUUACGGCAGUGAUGAUGAAACCAAACCGAUUGACAUUAAGAACCACAAUUAUACAGACUGUUGUGUGGCGAGAAAUGUGAGCUCAAGUUGUUUAGGUUUUUGCAACAUACAGAGUAUACUGGAGGGAACCACUGGACAAGACCCAGAGAAUUGUGAACCAGACUUUAAGUCCAUUGUGAAAUGCAUGGCAGACGGUAGAAAUCAUGUCCCUUGUUGUGUGCAAGAAGGUAUUCCCGACAUAUGCCAAGAUGUUUGCCAAGGAGAGUACACCCCAAUCACGGAUAAUAUAAAAACCAUGGUUUCAUGUUCUCCGUACACCGAACAGACAUUGGCAUGCAUCGUAGAGGGGAUAGAAAUUUUACCUAGUCACCCAGAAGAUGUGGAUGUGGAAGUAAACAGUAGUUCUAUGAUAUUAGUGACGUGGAACAAACCGUCUGCGAACUCAGCAUCGGUCAACGAAUAUAUAGUCAAUGUAACCAUGCUUAAAUCGUUUGAUGGUCAAACAACAAACCAUUCCAUACAAGUUAAGGCACUUGGAACGGAUUCUAAAGUGAAGAUUGAUCAACUUACUCCUUAUACAAUGUACGAAGUAACCGUAGUGGCCAUCAAUAAGCAUGGUUCUAGUCUUCCUUCGUCAGCAAUACGUUUUCUUACGUUGAAUACUGACCAAAAGACAUCACGCAGAACAAAUAUAGAUGAUUCGAAGCUACCUCCUUUGCCUGAUAUACGAUCUUGUUGCAUAAAAAAAGGCGUUACACAUUCAGCGUGCUUAGAUAAAUUAUGUGAUCCAUCGCGUUCUGACGAAGCUGAGGUCACAGAUUUGAUGAUAUGUGCUCCGUGGGCAUCUCAGACAUUCAGCUGUCUAACAAAUGGUAUCGAUCAUACCCCGUGUUGCCGAGCAAGAGGUUUACCACCAUUAUGUCAAACCUUAUGUGCUGGCAAUAUGACACAAAUCGAUUUCAGUUACUUCAAAUGUUUACGAUUUAUGGAUGACUACAGAAGUUGUCUCUUUCAAGGAUACGGUAUAGUUCCAUCUGCUCCGAGAACUUUCCGUGUUUUUAACGUGGACGUUAACUUUGCUAUACUCCAUUGGGAACCACCAAAGGAUUUGGCUGAUACAGUGACACAUUAUAAUGUGUUUUAUAGACUGGUGGAUGAUGAAUACGAUUCUAUAGUUAAUGUACACUCUCCGUUUAUUUUGGAACAUUUGAAGCCUAAUACAUUAUAUGAAGUUUUUGUGGAAGCAGUUAAUGAACACGGUGCUGGAAAGCCCUCAUAUAGAAUUGUUUUUCCAACUAAAAGCCAGAUCGUUAACGACCGGGAACUGACCACGUCGCCAUACAAUCUGACCGACUGUUGCGUCAACAUCAAACUACGGCAAAUGUGCAUGCCCCUGUGCUCGUUCGACGCCAACAUGACGGACGUCAGAAAUUUAGCUCCAUUCUGCGGUGCCGAGCUCCACAAGCUCAUCAAGUGUGGCGCAGGAGGUCGCAACCAUGGAGCCUGUUGCACCCGUCGCGGGGUGCCGGGUAUGUGUACGCCAUUGUGUUCCGGUGUCGUACCCGACUCUCUGUUGAGCGUGGCGGUCAACUGUGCUUCGUUCAUCGGCAACGUCGUUCAAUGUUUCGAAGAAGGUACCGGUAAGAUACCAGGUCCUGUGGGUGAUAUGCGUGCGGUAAAAUUGACCAAUAACAGUGUUUCAUUGGUAUGGAAUCCGCCAAAUGAUAAGAGUAACGUAACCACAUACGUGGUGCACUAUCAAAAAGUCAACAAUGCUACUGUGCACGAAAAUACUAUAAAAUUGGAUCAGCAAGUUGAAGUGACCGAAAACUCAGUUUUUUUGAAGAAAUUGGAGACCGGUAAACUCUAUAAAGUCUUUGUUGUUUCUAAAAACACACAUGGUACAUCUUUACCAUCAUCUAUACUUUUACUAAAUAUCACUGAUACAGAUCUGGAUAGCAAGGGUGUUGUAGGCGUUACAUCUCCACCACAUUCACUGUCCGUCUCGGCACACAGUGCCAACUACGUUACUAUCACUUGGCAGCCGCCCGAGUUUAGUCACGUUUCUGAAGAAAUAACUUAUAAGUUGUAUUGGAAAACUGUAGCAGAUACAUCUUUUCACCAAGUGGAUGUUCCUGUACCAGUGUAUACUAUAGACAAUCUAUCACCUAAUUCACAGUAUAUAGUUUAUAUAGUUGCUAUGUCAAAAAAUGGAAAAAGCCUGCCUUCAGAAACUCUGAUUGCAUGGACCGACCCAGCAUAUCCAGCAUUUGUUGAGCCUCCUACAGUCCAUCCAAUAAAUUUGGUAAUGGAAGGUAGCAGUAUGACAGUAUUGUGUAUUGCAAUGGGCACCCCAUCGCCAACCAUAUCAUUAUACAUAUCCGGAAGAUUGGUCAGACAAGAAACAUCCAGGCACAUGGUGACUGUUAUCCACAACGUCACACGAGAUAUGGAUGAAAUAUCAUGCUACGCGGACAAUGGUUAUGGCACGCCAAUGCAAUCGUCAAGAAAAAUCAGUAUAAGCUACGUGCCCAAAUUGGUGGCAUCCAAGAUCACUAUGGCCAAUCAGGGCGACACCGUGACGCUGGAGUGCAUGGUGGACGCGCACCCCGAGCCAAAAAUGAUGUUCUGGCGGGACGCGCAGGGCCGGACGCCGGUGAUCCAGAGCAGUAAACACGACGUGAACGUAAUCCGGUCCAAGGAGGACUACACCAAGUUCGUCAUGGAGCUGACCAUCAGUAAGUUGACGGAGACGGACGACGGCGAUUAUUUCUGCCACGCCGAGAACUCGUUCGGCAGCUCCACCAAGCCCGUCUCGGUGCGCAUCAGGAACUCCGUGACGACUAACAACGUGACGCACUGUUGCGUCCAACAAAAUGUAACGGCGGGUUGCUUGGACGCAUGUUCAUCGUCUUACAUGGAUAUCAACGUGGCCAUUGCCAGGACGGAUUGCUUCAACGAUUUUGAUAAACUGAUGAAAUGCGCAUCAGAUGGAUCGGACCACAGAGCUUGUUGUUCUGAUCGCGGAGUGCCCAGACGCUGUUUGGAAUGGUGCCGCGGCGAACCUGUCAACAACAAGAUGUGCGUGUUAUCCUAUUCAAAGUCUAUAUUGGCAUGCUUUGAUGAGCUCAGGGACAAGCUGCCGGGUCCUCCGAUUAACGUGCGCAUAGAGAAUGUGGACGCCCACACAGUUACAGUCAAAUGGGAUCCGCCGACCAAGAACCCCCGGACCGUCGAAGUGUACAGGGUAUUUUGGAGACGUGUGGGCAACAAUAGCCCGGAAAAGAACGACACCAAAGAAACGUCCUUAAGAAUUGGCAGUCUCAAGGAUGAUUUGACAUAUGAACUAGUGCUCAAAGCUGGCAACUCAAAGGGCAUGAGCACGCUCACUGAGCCUAUUAGGUUUACCACUGCCGAAAAGGACGUGACUUCAGCUGCCAGCAUGGGCGAAAGCCGAGCUGAUAUUGGAACUCUAUUUGGAGUAUUUGUUGCCAUUUUGAUCGUUGGUGGUAUAGUAGCUGGUGUAGUUUAUUACAUGCACGCCCAUGGUAAUUUAUUACAUAAAUCGUCAAGUGGUGUAUCAUUUGAAAAUCCAAGUUACCUCAGGGAAGUCAACAUGGAAAAUAUGAAUAAUACUGAUCUGCCUUACUCGGCAUCCGUCAACGGUGUUGGUACCGCCGAAUGGAAACAAGACCAUUUGCACACAGCCACCGAAGUGCCUCCCACAUUAUACGAAGAACUUAAACUUGGAUCGGAUGGAGCUGGGUUUAAAAGAUUAAAGCCAUAGACACCACAGGUCGGGUAAUCUAUAAAACCCGUUUUCUCUACUCGAAGAAAAAAAAUAUAUAUUUAUAUGUAAGUCAAUGAAAUCACAUUGAUUAUUUAUAAACGAUAUAUAUAUAUA